AUGACGUUUCCGUCUAUAUUAAAAAGGUUGCGCAUCUUUAUUACUUCGUGUCAAGAUAUCACAGCGAUUCUCACACUAAUACUAUUAUAUAUUUUUCAGGGCGUUUCUAUUGGCAUUUCUGCUUCGAUUCCAUAUCUUCUCCAAUCAAAUUACCUUAUGGGUGUCUAUAAUUUACAAGCAACAUUUUCAUUAUCAUCUUGGCCUUUCUCUUUGAAACUUCUCUGGGCUCCGAUAGUUGAUUCGAUUUACAUCAAUUUUAUUGGAAGACGGAAGACGUGGCUCAUAAUAACUCAGUAUGCAAUUGGAAUUGAGUUACUUGUGCUAGCAAGUUAUAUCGAUGAUUGGUUUGGACGAGACCCCAACAAAGCGUGGAGUCAGCUAGGAUCACAUCAUCCAGUUGAUAUAAUACGCUUAACUAUAACAUUUUUCGUACUUACAUUUCUGACAGCUACACAAGAUAUUGCGGUUGAUGGCUGGGCCUUGACAUUACUAUCAAAGAAGAAUCUUGGUUGGGCUUCUACUUGUAAUAAAGUUGGACAGAGCCUUGGUCAUGCAUUAUCAUUUAUUCCCUUAGUUUGUUUAGAGUCUCCUGAUAUUCCUAACAAAUAUCUUAGACGAACGCCCAUAGAAGACAAAGGAUUAAUAACAUUUUCCGGUUUUCUAUAUGUAUUGGGUUUUGGUUUCGUGAUAUUUAACACACUUUUGCUAAUAUUUAAACAUGAAAAAGGCUCGACAUUGGAUGGAACCAUAAGCCACUUCCUAAAAAGUCGUUUAUUCAGUAAGUCGAAAUACUCGACACAUUCGUUGAACAUUGAACAGACGGUAAAUAAAAAUGAACAAACGGACGGAAGUAAAAAAGUUUCAUUAUUUUAUACAUAUAAGAAUAUUAUUGGCGUUAUGCUACUGAAACCUGUCGCGUUGUAUGUAUUAAUCAUAAUUUUAGGAAAGAUAUGCACUUUUGGUACAUAUUCAGCUACACAUUUAAAGAUAAUUGAACAAGGCUUUGCUAAAGAGAAACUGGCAUUACUAAACCUUGGAUUUUUGCCAAUAGACUUUAUUUUACCUUUGCUAUUUGUAAGUUUUACUACUGGACCGAAACCAUUGACUACUGGUCUGAAGUUUUAUUUACCAAGGUUAUUGUCAAAUUGUAUGUUUAUUCCAAUUUUACAUUUUAUACCGAAUUUUCGAAUAAUUUCAAAUGAUACUUUGAUGAAGAAUGAUUGGAAUAUGACAACAUUAAAUAAUUUUACAACUAAUACUAAUGAUACAUUAAUAUUAAUGAAAAGUAAACCAACUUAUUCAUUUCAAUGGAUAUUCUACGUAAUAUUAAUAAGUGGCUUCCUUUUUGAUAGAAUUACAGCAUUAAUAGUAUUUUUGCAAUUUCAAGCGUUUAGUGUCAAAAUAAGUGAUCCAGUUAUUGGAGGAACCUAUAUGACAUUAUUGAAUACUGUCCAAAAUAUUGCUGGUGCUUUAGGAAAUACUAUCUGUCUCGCUCUAAUAGAGCCUUUGACGAUUCGUUCAUGUACGAAAAAUGAAAGUCAUACUGGAAUACAUACAAACGCUAGUGGGACAUUUUUAAAUGGUUCAUUGAUUACUAAGAACACCACUUGCCAUGCUUUAGAUGGAAAUAACAAUUGUAUUAAUGCAACAGAAUCUUGCGUAAAGGUAUUCGAUGGAUAUUACAUUGAAGUACUCGCUCUCAUUGUCAUUGGUUUAAUAUUAUUUGUAUGGUUCUUUUAUCCAACAGCAAAAUAUUUGGAAAAAUUACCAGCAAAUAAAUUUUCUUACGAUCCAACUACUAAUGAAAUAUGUUGCUUUAAUUCUAAAUCUGACGAUACUGAUAAAACGGACAAUCAUUCAUUAACUAUAACUGAUGAUUUUGAAAGUAACAAAAAUACUACUGAUGAUGAUACUAAUAAUAAUACUAAUAGUAAUAGUCAUAAUGGUCAAAUCAAACCAAUUUUAGAUAAAUAG